CGCACUCUUCCCUCCUUUUUAUAUCUUGCUCGACACCCCGGAAUAAUAAACAUAGAGGGUGUUCAUGAGGAAAUGGUGCACCACGCCCGUUCCUUGACAGGUUGCAACACCUGCCGUGCCCGUCAUCUCAAAUGUGACGAAACUCGACCAAGGUGCGAGAUGUGCCAGGCCACUGGGCUUGCAUGUCCCGGCUACAGCCCUCAGGUCAAAUGGCCUGGCGACGCGGCGAACAUGAAGAGUCCCGAAAGCGUAGAUCGUGUCUUUCGUCGGCCGCUAUAUCAAGGUUCGAUGCCCACAUCCGGCAAUGAGAAUGCGGUCUAUUGACGGAUGACCAGUGGUUGAACAAGAAUCCAUGACACGGAUCACAGUCAGAAGCCUGGGAAAGCAAUCGGUCAAUGCCGCAUUGGACAGUCUUGAUCACACCCGCUCUGGUCCCGGUCUGUUUCACGGACCGUUUGGGGUUCUGGAUUUGAUGCAAGACAACCGGCCUCCCACUCCGCAGCACGAAGCCUUGGAGCACGGUCAUUCUCCACGUCGUGAAGAUGUAGAGGAUUGUUUGGCAGCUGGAAUCGAUCUGGCCGGCCCAGAGGCUGACUUGGGAUAUAUGCCAGUCAACCGACAACCUCUUGGGCUCACGCCACCAGCUACGGAGAGGACAGAUGAAGAUGAAGAUAUCCGCCCGUUGCAACCGAGACUCUCGCCCACGCUGUCCGCUCCACCACCACAUCCUCGCCUGUCCCCGCCAGAUGUUCCACCACAGGCGCCCGAGCUCCUUCGUCACUUCAAAGACCAUGUCAUUUCGUUUUCUUAUCCGUUACGGGGCAACCCAAACUGCCCAUGGCACAAUAUCCAUCUUCCUACCGCCAUGGCAACUUACGCCGAGUUACUCGUCAGCCAAAGGGCCAGCCAUACAGGUCUGUCUCUUUUCCACUCGCUUCUGGCCGCGAGCUGUCUUCAUCGCUCAAUGCGAUCUCGAGAUUCAUCCGAUUAUGACACGCUGCGGGCGUCAACCCAGCGAAUUGCUAGCCAGCACCUUUAUGUUGCCUUGGAAGAAGAGGCCACGGGUAGAAACCCGGUGGAAUAUAAGGAACUACUAAUGGCCAUCUUGUCGAUGGUUUUUCUCGAGAUUUCCUCAGGGCUCUACAACAAUGCUCAAAAGCUCUUGUUAGAAGCCGAAUGUUUGAUUCGACGACGGGGACUCCCCGAGUCUCGCAAAUCAUCUAGAGUUCGGGCUCUACACCAUGUGUAUACCUGGACUCGCAUCAUGUCAGAAAGCACCUGUGGAUGCGCGCUCGUCAGCGUUUGUCCGGCGCGGCCAAGCUCCAGUCUCUUAUCUGACGGAGCGUCAAAGCGGACCCUGCGAAGUUUUCGGUUGUCUGACGCUGCGUCGUUGACCGAUCUUGACACGCGUAUUGAAAAGAACAAUGCAGUCGGCCAUCAGGACAUACAUCUAGAGGUGAUGGGGCUUUGGAAUGAUACUCUGUUCCCGGAUAUGUACGGGGUGCCGGAAUCUUUGAUAGGUCUCUUGUCGCAGGCCAUCCGUCUAGCCAAUGAACAGGAGCUUUUGUAUCGGGACCCCGUCGCCGACCCCGACCUAGUUGUCAAUCUCAGCAAACGGACAAAGACUCUAGAGUACCAGAUACUUUCCUGGGAUAAGAGGCAGCCUUCGCUACCUUUUUCGCCCUGCUCGAGCGGCGCGGAAAGCGACAGCGGAAGUCGACUAACAGCAUGCUACAAUUCGUUUGCCAUGCAUCAAAGUCUGAUCCUUUUCUACUAUCGACGUGUCCACAACGUCAACGCUUUCAUCCUCCAGGAAACUGUGCAAAAGGCCAUUCGAUUCAUAGAGCAAGCAUGCAGCUCCAACCAAAAAGAGGAGUACAACUCGUCGUUAAUUUGGCCCUGUUUUAUCGCAGCAUGUGAGGCUAUUGACAGCACACUGCAGGCCCGUUUUCUACAUUGGCUGUAUGACAUGUUGGACCGAACCGCUGUCAAUACUUUUGCUACUGCUGCCAAGGUCGCCCAACAGGUGUGGAAAGCCCGGCAAGAGACAGAAGACUAUACAAUCAGUUGGUUUGACGUCCUAGGACAUGACCGAUGCCCAAUCAUUGUAGUAUAGAGAGUGACUUUUACCUGGUAGAUCCUCGACCUUCUAUUCAGUGUGAAUGCAUGACGUCAAGGAUCUUCAUCGGGUCGAUAACACGGGCGAUUGCAUCUGGAGACGGGGAUACUGGAUUUCAAGUACCUGUGAUUUCACCCGCGUUAAG